CAGGAUUGGUCGGCUGCGGGCGGGGGCUGCCGUCAGCGCUCGGGAAGCCCAUUCAUCUGUGCACUUGGGCGUUGGACUCCGCAUCUUAUUAGCAACCAGGGAGAUUUCUCCAUUUUCCCCUUGUCUACAGUGCGGCUACAAAUCUGGGAUUUUUUUAUUACUUCUUUUUUUUUUUUAAACUACACCUGGGCGCCUUUUUUUGUGCUCGACUUUUUCCCCUUUUCCCUCCCUCCUAUGCUGCUGCUUUUUGAUCUCUUCGACUAAAAUUUUUUAUCGGGAGUGUAUAUAAUCGGUUCUGUCCUCGCUUCUCUUCCACCACCCCCUUCCCCCCUCCCUCUGGUGUGUGUUGCUGCUGCUGCUGCUGCUGCUACUGCUGCUGCUGAUCGCCCAGUAUUUAUACCAACCCAAGGCUCUUUGUUUCCCCCCUUUUGGAUCUGUUGAGUUUCUUUGUUGAAUAAGCCAGCAUGGGUGCCCAGUUCUCUAAGACCGCUGCAAAAGGCGAAGCUGCUGCUGAGAAACCCGGGGAAGCAGCAGUAGCUGCAUCGCCUUCGAAGGCAAAUGGACAGGAGAACGGCCACGUGAAGGUAAACGGCGACGCGUCGCCGGCGGCCGCCGAGCCGGGCGCCAAGGAGGAGCUGCAGGCCAACGGCAGCGCCCCAGCUGCAGACAAAGAGGAGUCGGCGGCCGCGGCGGGCGCUUCCCCGGCGGUCGGGGCCGACAAGGAGGAGGCGGCCGGCUCCCCCGAGGCCCCCGCGCCAGCCGGGAGCCCCAGCGAGAAGGAGGCUCCAGCGGCGGCCGCCGGAUCCGGGGAGGGCGAGGGCGCAGAGCCUGCGUCGCCCACCGCUGCGGAAGGCGAAGCGGCGUCGGCCUCGUCGUCGUCGUCCCCCAAGGCCGAGGACGGGGCGACGCCUUCUCCCAGCAGCAACGAGACCCCGAAAAAAAAAAAGAAGCGCUUUUCCUUCAAAAAGUCCUUCAAGCUGAGUGGCUUCUCCUUCAAGAAGAACAAGAAGGAGGCCGGCGAGGGCGGCGAGGCCGAGGGUGCGGCCGGCUCUGCUACCGCCGCCGAGGGCGGAAAGGACGAGGCCGCGGGUGCGGGCCCGGCCGCCGCUUCGGGCUCUGCGGCCGCCCCCGAGGCCUCGGCGGCCGCGGGCGGGGAGGAGGCCAACGGGCCAAGCGAUGAGGCCACGACCGGGGAAGACGCGGGGAGCGGGGCCGGCGGCGACGCGUCCACGCAGGAGGCCAAGGCCGACGAGGCCGCACCCGAGAAGGCGACCGCGGGGGACGAGGUCAAGGGCGCUUCGUCCGACGAGGCCAAGAAGGCUGAGGAGAAGGCCGCAGCCGUUGAGGAGGCCCCAGCCGCGGCCUCCUCGAGCGCUGAGAGCCCCGCGGCCGCCGCCCCGGACGCCGAGGCCACCAAAGCCGAGGAGCAGCAGCCCUCCGCAGCAGCAGCCACAGCCACAGCCUCGACAGCCUCAGCAGCCCCCACACAGGAGGCCCCGUCCGAGUCCAGUCCAGAAGCUCCCCCAGCCGAGGCGGCAGCAGAGUAAAAGGGCAAGAUUUUUUGAGAUAAUCGAAGAACUUUUCUCCCCCCUGUUUGUUUGUUGGAGUGGUGCCAGGUACUGGUUUUGGAGAACUUGUCUAUAACCAGGGAUUGAUUUUAAAGAUGUCUUUUUUUAAUUUUUGCUUUUUUUUUUUUAAAGAAAAAAAAACAAUUUUUUUUUCCUCCCUCCCCACAGAUCCCAUCUCAAAUCAUUCUGUUACCACCAUUCCAACAGUUCGAGGGAGAGUUUAAACACCCCUCUCUCUGCCUUGUUCCUUUUAUUUUUUUGCAUCAGUAUUAAUGUUUUUUGCAUACUUUGCAUCUUUAUUCAAAAUGUAAACUUUCUUUUGUCAAUCUAUGGACAUGCCCAUAUAUGAAGGAGAUGGGUGGGUCAAUAAGGGAUAUCAAAUGAAGUGAUAGGGGCCACAAUGGGGAAAUUCAAGUGGUGCAUAAAUUGCCAAGAUGAUGUGCCACAAGAAAUGAUGAUGUAAAGGGGUUAGUCUUUUUUAAAAAGAAAACUUAUUACCAUGUAUUUUGCGAGGCAGGCGUUCUAUAAGGUUUACAACACUAAGAAGGAAAGAAAAAAAAAUCAAUACCCAGAUUUAAAAAAAAAUCAUAGUCUUAGGAGUUCAUUUAAACCAUAGGAACUUUUCACUUAUCUCAUGUUAGCUGUACCAGUCAGUGAUUAAGUAGAAAUACAAGUUGUAUAGGCUUUAUUGUUUAUUGCUGGUUUAUGACCUUAAUAAGUGUAAUUAUGUAUUACCAGCAGGGUGUUUUUAACUGUGACUAUUGUAUAAAAACAAAUCUUGAUAUCCAGAAGCACAUGAAGUUUGCAACUCUUUCCACCCUGCCCAUUUUUGUAAAACUGCAGUCAUCUUGGACCUUUUAAACACAAAUUUUAAACUCAACCAAGCUGUGAUAAGUGGAAUGGUUACUGUUUAUACUGUGGUAUGUUUUUUGAUUACAGCAGACAAUGCUUUCUUUUCCAGUCGUCUUUGAGAAUAAAGGAAAAAUCUUCAGAUGCAAUGGUUUUGUGUAGCAUCUUGUCUUAUCAUGUUUUGUAAAUACUGGAGAAGCUUUGACCAAUUUGACUUAGAGAUGGAAUGUAACUUUGCUUACAAAAAUUGCUAUUAAACUCCUGCUUAAGGUGUUCUAAUUUUCUGUGAGCACACUAAAAGCGAAAAAUAAAUGUGAAUAAAAUGUAUAAAUUGGUUGUGUUUCUUUUAUGGAUGCUUUGAAUAGUCAAAGAGGCUUCCAGUCUGCUAAAUUUGUGUGGAGGAAAAUCUUGCAUGCCAUCAAACGUAAAAUUUUUGGUUCUUAAUCAUACUAUUUUCUAGAGUUCAUAGUAAGCAAUAUCAGAUUGCAUACAAGAUUUUAGCCAUCUUUUGUCAAAUCUGACACGAUAUUAAUUUCUCAGCACUUAAUCCUCAUUAAAAAACUGUAUUCAUACCUUUACUUUGUAAAUAUAUAGCAUGCCAGAUUAUUGCCUCUUGAGACAUGUGAUGUGAUCCUAAAGGGCUUCUUGGAAUGUUUAACUUGAGAAUUUCCUAAAUCAUUUUGUCAUCUUGCUCCUUCAAAAAAACUUAUGUUUUGUAUUGAGUCAGCUUUUGCAGAUGAGUCAUGAAAAAUGGCAGAAUUUGUAUUGAAACUGGUUGCUUGGUAUUUACCAUUGUAACUGCUUGGCUCUUGGCUAACUUCCAAAGUAUUGCUCAGGGCAUGUGUUAUACCUUAAUAAAACAGUAGGCUUAUGUAAAAGGUAGUAAUGGUGUUGAAUGGAGGAGAUUGAAGUGUUGUUUUUAAGUUUAUAGGAGAGUUUAGCAUUUGCCUCAAUUUAAAAUUUUCAGCAAAAAGUUGGAAGCAAUUAUGAUUUAGUUUAUGAGGGUGACACAUUAGCACCUUGUUCCCUAAAGGAAAAGAUAAAGUUGAGAAUCUAAUACUUAAAAGCUUACCUAUUAUUCUGCUCUGUUUACUACCCUACUUAUGACUGGGUGUUUUCUAUUCCCUCUUUUAUUCCAAAUUGAAAUGUAUAGUUUAGGAUCUGUAUCAAAUACUAUUGACUUCAUUUCAUGGAGAGAAAGAGUACACACCUGUUUUUGCUGCCUUUAAUAGGAGCAGUCUUUCCAUGCUGGUUUGUUUUUUUGGGUUUUUUUUUUUUCCACUAGUGUUUUAACAUGGCUGUAAAGUACAAAACUUAGCACAUUUGUGUAACAACUACAAGAAGUUAGAUUUUUAUAUGUCUUAAUAGAAGAUUUACACAUUCUUUAAAAAAAAAUAGACAAAACCUUAAAGUGGGAACUGUAUUACCGUUGUACAGGUUAUUCCACCCUAGAAUUCCCAAAUCAGUAUAUUUGCAGCCCCUAGUUGGCCAGAAUAGCCUUGGAAUGGUGGUUUCAUAGCUUUGGAGUCAAGUGAAUGGUAAACUCUACUGUUAUUCUGGAGUUGCUGAGAUCUAUUGUUUUGAAUAGAUGAUUUAUUAACUGCUGCCAAAAAAGUCAGCAGGGCACUUAUGAAGGUGGUAACUUUUCUGUCCUAGUGAUGAAAUGAAAUUUCACAUAUUACCCUUUUAUUUACAUUUUUGUACAUCUUAAUGUUAUCUAAAGGGGGAAAUGUUAAUAUGGGCUCUCGUUUUUUGUAACUAGGAAUAAAAUUUAAAGAUUAAAUAAAAUUAAGUA